AUGCAGUUGUUCGAAGACUAUAAAAAUACUUCUAAAAUCGUAGAAAUCUGUGUGAAACCUUCUUUCAGGACAAAUUUAACCCUCCUCUUCUUCAUUUGCUUCAUAUCCACGACCCUGGCAGCAGAAUUCAACAAAUCCCUACCGACCCUAAGCAUCGCCUAUAAGAAAUUCAAGGACGAGGAAAUCCUGGACGUGGACCAGUACGGACACGACAUCUACAUCGAGAACUCCUCGGGCGUCAUCCACGAGGAGACCUUCCUCGACGUGCCUAGGAUACUCAGGUUCAUGGUGUACAACUGCAGAUUCGCCUCUUUCGACUGGACCAGCCUCUUCAGGAUGUCCUACCUGGAAUCCAUAGACCUGUACGACGUCAGAGGUCUGCCCGUACUCACCAACAGCGUCAUGCUGGGCUUCAAGAGCCUGAAAUCGAUGUCGAUCUACGACUCGGACGUGACGUUCCAGCACGACACGUUCCGGAGGCUGAAACAGCUGGAGUAUCUGUCCAUCUCCAAGGUCGACGUCACUAUUUUGGGAAACGAGGUCUUCACCGGCUCCAGGCUGAGGGAGCUCUACUGGACCGAGUCGGGCAUAACGAAGAUCGACAAAAACUGCCUGUCCACCCUCAAGAACGUCCGCAUAAUCAACCUGAGCGGCAACAAGAUCGAGUACCUCCAGCCGGAAACUUUCGUCGGACUGAAGAACCUGGAGAGGCUCUAUCUGAACAGAAACAGGCUGGCGACCGUCAACUUUAGGCAUUUCGCGAGCCUGUCCAGUCUGACGUAUCUCGACGUCUCCAAGAACCGGAUACCGACGGUGGACGUGGAGGAGGUCUGGAGGAGCGUGCCGAGCCUGACCAGGAUAAUCAUGGACAGUAGGAGUGCUCCCACCGGGUUGAAAAAGGACGCGUUCGAUAGUUUGCAAGUUAUGCUGAUUUAGAAAACUUUAUGAAAGUUGCUUUGGGUAGGGUCAAUCAUUCAUAUUUCAGAAUUUCAACUGAUAAUUAAGCAUAAUUGCCAGUUUAUUCUGUCAAUUAUUUAUGUAUGAUUAUAUAAUACAUCAUUGCCAGUACAAACUGACAAUUGAACAUAACUGGUAGUUGACACUGGCUGUUUCUUAUGUAUAAAAGUAUAAUCAUACAUAAGUGCCAGUUUAAGCUGGCAAUUACUUAUGUAGACCUAAUUGAACAAUCAUACAUAACUGCCAGUUCAGACUGAUAAUUGUUCGUAAUUGCCAGUACGAGAUGACAAUAAUACAUUAUUUCCAUUGCCACACGCAAGUGGCAAUUAUUUAUGUAUAACUGUCAGUUUAAAUUGUCAGUUACUUAUGUAUAAUUGAAUAGUCAUACAUAAUUUCGAGUUCAAACUGACAAUUGUACAUGACUGCCAGUCUACACUGGCUGUUACUUACGUAUAAUUGUUUGUUCAUACUCAAAUUGCCAGUUCGAAAUGACAAUUAUAAAUAAUUGCCAAUUUCCAUUGGCAACUAUACAUAAUUGCCAGUUAAGCAUAAUUGUCAAAUAUGUAUAAUCAUACAUAAUUGGUAGUUCUUAAUGAGAAUUAUCAUUUCCAGUUAAAACUGACAAUUAUACAUGAUCGUAACAUGCAACUGCCAAUUAUUUAUGCAUAAGUGUCAGUUCAAACUGGCAAUUACUCAUGCAUAAUUGUAUAGUGAUACAUAACUGCCAGUCUAGACAGGAUGUUACUUAUGUAUAAUUGCCAGUUUAAACAUUAUAAAUUAUACAUAAAUGGCAGUUACUUAUGUAUAAUUGUAUGAUCAUACAUAAUUGGCAGUUCUUAGUGACAAUUAUACAUGAUCGUAACAUGCAACUGACAAUAACUUAUGAAUAACUGUCAGUUCAAACUGGCAAUUACUCAUGCAUAAUUGUAUCGUGAUACAUAAUAAUGUUACUUAUGUAUAAUUGCCAGUUUAAACAUUACAAAUGAUACAUAACUGGCUGUUACUUAUGUAUAAUGGUUUAAUCAUACCUAAUUGCCAGUUCUAACUGACAAUUAUACAUAAUUCGAAAUGAGAAAUAUACAUAUAAUUGCCAGUUUAUACAUAAUCGCCAUAUGUAACUGGCAAUUACUUAUGUAUAACUGUCAGUUCGAACUGGCAAUUAUAUUUGUCCGCUCAGCGCUUUCGUGUUAAGUUGAGUAUAAAAAUUAUUUAUAAAAUGAAACGAAACCGUCGAAUACAAAA